AUGUCCGUCAAUGAGCGUCGUGCCAGUCACAUGGGUGCACCGCGACCCCGCGUAGCCUCGCAUCGCGUCGACGACGCUGAGAAAGCGGCUCUGCGCAGCGCCCCAUCUCCACUACAAUCAGAAAAUAUGGAGCAUCUUCGCGGGAGUACUUCGAGUCAGAAGAGCAAAGCGUCCCGUGAACAACAAAAUAUCACGAGCGAGAAGCGCACUGAGCGGAUGACGAUCAACACGAAAGAGAAGACCCAGAUCCGAACGCGAAACCCGAUCAGAGAGUCAACCAGUGCAGGAAACCGAGGAGAAUGGGAGAAACCUCGACCGAAGAGGGCCACUCUGACAGAUGGAGCCAAUCCUGCUAACGUCCGGAAGAAGGAGAAGGAGCCGGCGGAUGAGCCUUGGACACCGCAAGCCGCACUGAUUCCUCACUCUACGGCGCCCUUAGCCAGUCGUGUUUCCGUACCUCCUCUCGCCUCCACGCUGCCUCAAUGGCUCCAUCCCUCACCCCUUCGCGAACUUUCCGCCGAUCAGCAGGAGACUAUAAUACUGGAGGACUUGCUGUUCGUAUUCAUGGGGUUCGAGGGUCAAUAUAUUCACUAUCACAGCUCUUAUGAUUCCUCCGUUGAAAAAGACCGCUUGGCCGGACCAACCUUCCAAUUGCCGUCAGGGCUGGACCCGACGCUGAGGGACCUGACUUCAGCAAUGCUAAAGAUGGCGACCCAUUACAGUGCAUUGGAAGCGUUUGUCGAAGUUCAGAGUCGCGCUGAGUACGGAGCUGUCAGCCACGCAUUGUGCGCUACGAUCCGGAAAAUACUAAAGGACUACUUGAUUCUUAUUGCUCAACUGGAAACUCAGUUGCUCAACAAUCCCACCUUUACACUACACAUGCUUCAUCUUCAUACUAUGCCAACCAGCCAAUGCCUAGCGCAGUUAUACUCUCUCGGCCAGGAGCUGCUAAGACGGAACGGACUAUUGGAUCAGGACCUCGACGAGUCCAUCGACGACUUCGAUGACGUGGAUAAUAUUCUGGAGCAGCUCAAAGAAGGCGGAGAUCUGGUGCCAGGAGCCAUGUCCAGCAAGAAGAUUUGUAAAGGAGGCAAUGUGCUUCGAUUACUCACAGAGCGAUUGGCCACAUUCUCGGGAGAUCCGACUACGAAAACUCUUGUAGAGAAGCUGCUGCGCGAGGCUAGUCGACCUUAUAUGGCGAUGCUCAAUGAGUGGCUGCACCAGGGCGAUAUCAAAGAUCCGCAUGCAGAGUUUCUCGUUAAAGAGCAGAAGUGGAUUAAGCGAGAGAAACUGGAGGAGGACUAUACGGACGAAUACUGGGAGAAGCGGUAUACGAUUCGCGAAAACGAAGUUCCUCCGCAGCUGGAGGGCGUAAAAGACAAAGUGCUUUUGGCUGGCAAGUAUCUCAACGUGGUGCGAGAGUGCGGCGGGGUCGAUGUGAGUCAAGAAGUGAACGACGUCCCCAGCACUCUGGACGAUCCCAGGUUUUUGGAGAACGUCAAUGCGGCCUAUACUUAUGCCAACGCGUCGCUGUUGAAUCUUCUCCUAACUAAGAACUCGCUCACGACUCGAUUUCGCUCCCUCAAGCAUUAUUUUUUCUUGGACCGUUCGGAUUUCUUCUCAUACUUCCUUGAACUCGGCGCAUCGGAAUUGCGCAAACCAGCCAAGAGUGUCAAUGAGAAUAAACUUCAGUCACUACUUGACCUUGUGCUGCGCCAGCCUGGUAGUAUCGCGGCAUCCGAUCCCUUCAAGGAGGACGUCAAAGUGCGAAUGAACAAAAUCGGGUUGACCAAAUGGCUAAUGCAAGUGGUCAGUGUUUCUGGUAUCGAUCAGGAGAAUCCCGAGGCGGCCUUGGAAAGAUAUCAGGCUCCACAAAACCAAAGUGGGGAGGACGAUAAGGAUAUUGUUGGAUUUGAUGCUUUGGAACUCGAUUACUCCGUUCCUUUCCCUCUGUCACUUGUGAUUAGCCGCAAAACCGUUCUUCGGUAUCAACUGAUUUUCCGACAUCUUCUGUCGCUACGCCAUCUGGAGACGCUCCUGGUGACCUCGUGGUUGGAUCAAAAUAAGGUUCUUGGCUGGAGGCACAAGUCCUCGGAUCAACGAUUGGAGAUGUGGAAGAGGCGUGCAUGGAGUCUGCGCUCGAAGAUGCUCGUCUUCGUUCAACAGCUGCUCUACUUUUGCACCGCAGAGGUUAUCGAACCCAACUGGCAGAACCUGAUGGAUAGGGUCAAUGUCAAUCGAACUGUGGAUGAGCUGAUGCAGGAUCAUGUGGAUUUCCUGGACACAUGUCUGAAGGAGUGCAUGUUGACUCAGGCAAAGCUGCUGAAGAUUCACUCCAAACUGAUGACCUGCUGCACCAUGUUCGCGUCCUGGACAGCCGCCUCCCUUGCACGGGCUUUGGCUUCCGCCGACCUAACCUUGACUGGUAACAAGGCAGCUAAUUCCGAUGGUCGAGGUUACGACCCCACACGAAUUGGAAAACUUGAGGAUACCUUGAAGAGAUAUGAAGACCAUUUCAACAGACAUCUGCGAAUCCUGAUGGACAGCCUGAACUACUUCGCUGCUACGGAGAGCGUCGUCCUUCUCAAAUUGGCCCAUGCAUUGAGCUCUAUUAGCAAAGAAGAUUGA